AAUACAUAAAAGGAGAAAAAGCAAAAAGGGCAAAGAGCGAGCGACAUCCCAAGGCGCUCUCUCUCUCUCUCUCUCUCUCUGAUCUUUAUGUUUCAUCACACCAACCGCCAUUCCUUCAGCUUAAAGCCUCAAUCCAUUGACAACCAUUGCAGUGACCCCAGUGGUACUACUACUCAUUUAGAGAGAGAAACUAACAGAGUAAAAAGGGAGAUAUGGAUGUGGGUAGAAGAAAGGGCGCCACAAGAAACGGUGUAGUUGCAGGGUCUGUUUGGGAGAGCAGAAUGAAGGUUGAUGAAGUCAAAGGAGGUAUCAAAGUCUUCAAUGGCGAAGACAAUUCAGAAGAAAAUGGCGAUAACACUACUGCUACUGCUACUGCUCUACAAGUGGAUAACAAAAGGUUGAGACCAAAACAGAGUCCAGUUGGGGUUAGUGGGAAGAGAAAGACAUGGAAAUCUGAGAGUUCUGAAAACCCAAUUCAGAUUGCAAGGCAACGAUCUGAAGUGAAGAAGACAAUGGAGGAGCAGUUUAAGGAGUUGAGUGUCUCUGCCGAUUCAAUCAAGAAAAGCCCAAUUCAGAUGAAGAAGACGAGAUCUGAUGUGGGUAAGGAGCUUAGUGUAUCCGUUGAUGGAAUUCAGAGAAGCCCAAUUCAGAAAAUGAAGACAAGAUCUGAAGAAGCUAAGCAGCUCAGUGUGUCCGUUGAUGGAAUUCAAAGAAACCCAAUUCAGAGUAGGAACCCAAAAUCUGAAUCAUGUGAGGAGGUUGGUGAAUUCGGUGAUGGAAUUAAGAGGAAUUCAAUUCAGUCGAGGAAGGUGAAAUCGGAGUCCAAUAAGCCUCCGGAUGAAUCCAUUGAUGGAAAUCAGAGGAAUUCACCUCAAUUGAGGAAGGUGAAAUCGGAGUCGAAUAAGACUUCGGAUGAGUCGGGUAAAAAGACUCUAGAUAGCUUGGGGGAUGGAAAUGAGAGGAAUUCAGUUGAGCUAAGGAAGGCUAAACUGAAGUCUGAUAAGGUUGUGGAUGAGUCUAAUAAUGGUGUUGAUGGGCCUGUUGAGGGAAUUGAGAAGAGCCCAGUUGUAAUUGAGAAGAAUAGAUCUGAUGAAAAUUGUAAAGAGCUUGAUGUGUGUCAAGAAAAGGUCAUUUCAAGUAGUUUGAGUAAUGUGAGUCAGGUCAAAUCUGCUUCACCAUUGGUGGUGAAUGAUGAUGAGCUUGAUGAUGAUGAUGAUGAUGAAGACUGGGAUGAAGAAUUGGAGGAAGAGAUGGAUGAGGAAAUUGAGACUGAGGUAGAGAAGAGGAGCUUUGAUAUCAAGGAAAUUAACAUACCAGAGCAAAAACCCAAACAGGUUGUGAAUGAAGAGAAGAAGUUCCAUCAAGUCCAAGAAAUACCAAAGCCCAUCUCACCAAUUGUGAGAAAACAGCCUCCUCCCGUUGUGAAGAACACCAGAAUCCAUCCAAAUCCACCAAAAACUACUACUCCUAUUGUGAAGAACGCCAGAAUCCAUCACGAUCCCCCCAAAACUACACCAAAUCCAGUUUUCCAUUCAAUACCUGAAACCCAUAACAGAUUACAGAAUUUAGUUGAUCUAGUGAUGUGGAGAGAUGUGUCGAGAUCGGCAUUCGUCUUUGGAAUUGGAACAUUCAUCACAAUUUCAUUAUCUUACACCAAAGAUCUCAAUAUCAGCUUAAUUACUGUAAUUUCCUACCUGGGUCUUGUCUAUCUUGCUCUAAUCUUCCUAUACAGAUCCAUCCUAUGCAGGGGAGUUAUAGAUGUAGAUGAUAGAAUCCAAGACUAUGUGGUGGGUGAAGAAGAAGCAGUUUGGUUACUAGAAUUGGUACUUCCUUAUUUGAAUGAGUUCCUCUUGAAACUCAGAGCUCUUUUCUCUGGGGAUCCUGCCACUACAAUGAAGUUGGCAGUGCUGCUGUUUGUUUUGGCUCGGUGUGGCAGCUCCAUAACAAUUUGGAAGAUGGCCAAAUUGGGCUUUUUUGGAGUUUUCACCGUACCAAAAAUCUGCUCUUCCUAUUCCACCCAGUUGACUGCAUUCGGUACAUUUUGGGUUCGACGCUUUCAAGAUGCUUGGGAGUCAUGCUCUCACAAGAAAGCUGUAGCAUUUGCCAUCUUUACUGUUGUGUGGAAUCUAUCUUCGGUCGUUGCUCGUAUUUGGGCAGUGUUUAUGCUAUUUGUGGCCUUUAGAUGUUAUCAGCAGUCGUUGAUGAGAGAUGAUUGGAUGGAGGAAGAAGAAGAAGAAGCAGGAUAUGACGAAGAUUCUUGGCAACAACAGAUUAGAGGAGAGGGACAAGGCCGUCGUGGGCCCACUAUAGUGGAAAUAAAGAAAACCAAGAAAGGAUUCUAAAAAUGCUGCCCACCACUCUCCCCUACUUUUAUCAAACAAGAGUGCCACUACUACUUAUUUGCUUCAUAGAUGAUAUGAUAUGAUAUAUGAGUUUGUAAUAAUAAUAACAAUAAUAAUAAGUCUGUUUUCAUUUA